CAAUGGAGCAGACGAAUUAUUUAAUCUAAUCAAUCUAUGCUUAAAUACAAGAUUGAAAACAUUUCAAAAGAAGCUUACAAGAAUAAAUAUUCGUCAUUUAAAAGAAUUGUUCAAAACAAAAAAUUAAGUCAUGGAUAUUUGGAAGGAUUUGAUCAGAACAAAUUAUCAAGUCUUAGUUGUAAAAACAUUUCUGGAUGACUUUGAACAUGCAUGAGGCUAAUUCUUAAUUGUAAAGAUUUUAGAUGUAUAUAUGUAAGGGAAAUUAUUUCGUGACAUGUAUUUCUUAUCUACAUCUAAGUGUCUUUUGCUUCUACAGGUAUCUUUUUCUUUGAACGCUUUAUCGGCCGACAUUCAAAUCAGUUUCUUGGUAUCAAAAUGGUAUACAUGUGGGAAUGCUGAUAAUGUGUUUCUAAAAAUACCUGGUCUUUCGAUAACGGACUGUGUUAAAGAGUGUGCAAAACGUCCGCGCUGUAAAGCUGUAAAUUUUAAAGGUCGUAUCUUCUGCGAGUUACUCCACAGUGACAGCAUUACAGAUCAAGCACACUGUGAUUGUGUUAGAAAAUCUGCAAUGGUAGUUAGUGGUUUGCCAUGUGAGGGAUGCAGUGUCAAACAAACAUGUGAUUUAUCGAGUGGGCAAUGUGUUAACACAGAAUGCAUCCGCCCAGUUGUCUCGAACGGAACGCUUUUCGGCAACAAAUAUUCUAUAGGAGGAAAGAUUCGGCUUAGAUGCGAUCCGGGUUUCAAAGAAGUGAAUGAUGCGAAAACAGCAGUUUGCCUCGAAAGCGGAACGUGGAGCUACUUACUAUCUUGUGUCCAAGAUACAACAGCGAAUGUUGCAGAGUCAGAAACGACAGAAACAACAACAUAUGCAGUGACAGAACCAACAACAGAAUCAACAACUGAUAGCAUGACAGAACCAACAGCAGAAUCCGCAACUGAUAGCGUGACAGAACCAACAGCAGAAUCUACAACUGAUAGCGUGACAGAACCAACAGUAGAAUCUACAACUGAUAGCGUGACAGAACCAACAGUAGAAUCUACAACUGAUAGCAUGACAGAACCAACAGCAGAAUCAACAACUGAUAGCAUGACAGAACCAACAGUAGAAUCCACAACUGAUAGCGUGACAGAACCAACAGUAGAAUCUACAACUGAUAGCAUGACAGAACCAACAGCAGAAUCAACAACUGAUAGCAUGACAGAACCAACAGUAGAAUCCACAACUGAUAGCGUGACAGAGACGACAACAGAUCCUGACGAAACCACAAAUGACUGUUAUUCCAUUAGCGCACAAGCAACUAACGACUGGUGCAUGAUCAACUGUAACCAUGUACCCCCUUACUGUCCCACUAACUUUUGUCAAUGUAACUGAUUAAAUUAGAAUUUUCUUUCUAUAUUUAUACGUUUUUGAUGAACCUACAUAUUCAUAGCAACACGAGAAAAGGGCUAGCAGAGUCUAGUUACAAGACUGUGUAUCAUUCAGUCGUUUGUUUCAUGAUGAUUAUUUGACACUUUAAGGGGGAGCAACCGUCUGACAUGUUGUGAUCGAUGAGCGUCGAUAAAUAUUUCUGGUACAAUGAAGCAAAUCCUCAUAAUCAUAAAAUUACUUUUUUAAAUUAACGAACUGUCUAAAAGUUUAAAACAUGUUAAAGUAACUAUUUUCACGAAGACUUAAGACUAAUGGCCUUAUACUAGCUUUCUUUACAAAGCUAAG